GCCGUACGUUCAACAAGAGCCAUUCGCGACUCCAACACCAGCACUUUCUCCUCGACUUCAACUGGCGUAACCCGGUGGCAUUGGAGUUAUGACAACAGCUGGUGAUCCUUAUUCUCAUAGUCAGCAUGUGCUCCAACAGCUGAGUGCACAACUGGAGUUUGGAUUCUUAUGUGAUGUAAUUGUGAGAAUUGGGGAGGUUUACUUUCGUGCUCACCGUGUUGUGCUGGCUGCCUGUUGUGCAUACUUUCACAAGCUUUUUGUGAACCAGCCAACUUUAGCCAGCUGCCCACAAAUUAGUUACACACUAAACCCCGAACAUGUUCGUCCUGAACAUUUUGAUGUCAUUUUGCAGAUGAUGUACAAGGGUGUACCUCACACCAAACCUACCAGAAAUGAAUUACCAGGACUUCAGGCUGCUAUGUUCUUCCUUGAGUUUUAUAAUAUUCCUGAAUUUCUCCAUACCAGCAAUGCUAAAGUUAGUUCUGCUUUGUUGUAUGGCGUGGAGACAUUUGAUGUACAAGAAGUGGAUACAUCAGAUAAAGGAGAGUCUGGGGAGAAGGAUGACAUAGACUGGAAACCAGCUUACCUGUGUUCUUUAGAUGGAUUUCAUAUGGCGAAAGUAAAGAGUCACAAGACUGAAAAGAAAGUGGAAUCACCUUUGGAAAUUGUGGAGGAAAUGGUGGAGAAAGACUGUCCCUAUUCUCAGUGUUCUUCUAUGUUGUCUGCUACCAAUAAGCUCUAUCCACAUCCAGGACAAGCAAGGUGUAUCUCAUCAGCUGCUUUAAAAGAAGAACCAAGAGAGAGUUCCAGUUUUCUUGAGGUGCAUGGAAUCAACGUAGUUCAAAUCAACACAGAAAGUGAAGUGGAGUCCCAGAAACCAACAAGAGAAUCUGUUUCUUCCAGUACAAAUCGAAUACAAGAAGAUCCUUUGCAAUGUGAGACCAGUUUAACUACACAGUCAGCAAAGAAGCUUGAGGAGUUUCAUCAGCUGAAGUCUGAAAAAUCAGAAUUGGCUUGGAAUGAAAGGAAUGUUUCUGUGACAGCAGAACCAGGACAAUCCCAGAGUGCCUCUACGUCCAUAUGUUCUGAGUUUACAUCGUCUCCAUCAAUUUCUAAACUCACAAAGUCCUCAGUUUUUACCUUUGCUCAUAAAAGUCCAUCCACUUUUCCUUGCUCCCGCUGUGAAAUGAGCUUUAACACUCAUCUGGCACUAGAUGACCACUUGAAUAACUGCGGACGUGAACGACCCUCUCGGCAACGGCGCAUACCAAGCAGACUGAGGCAGAGUCCAUCACCGCCAGUCUCAAAGCGGAACUCCACUCUAAAAGACCCCUACUCAGUGGAAGUGGAGCUAGAGGACUUUUCUUCCUUUCAGUCAUGGAACUCCUCAAGAGGGAAAUUAUCCUGCAAGACCUGUGGUAAAGUUUUCAAAAGACCCAAAAUGUUUCAGUUACAUAACAUUCGCUGUUCUGAAAGACCUGCAGAUUUAGGACAAUCACGCCCUGAAGUGAGAAACCACAUCUGUAAUGUCUGUGGGAAGGCUUUUCUUCAGCGUGGGCAUCUAACAGAACAUGAAGCAACUCACAGCAAUAUCAGGAGAUUCUCCUGCUCAACCUGUGGCAAAAAAUUUAUACGCAAUCGAGAGCUUAAAAUUCACGAGGCCCGUCAUGAAGGCCAGGCCACAUAUCACUGCCAGUUCUGUGGCCAUGCCAGCUACCGCAAAAGUGGACAUUAUCACCACUUAAUAACACAUUUGACUAAACCACAAGUAAUUUGUCAGACCUGUUUUCACAUUUGUGAUACUCCUAUGUUACUUAAAGAGCAUGAGCUGGAACAUCGACAUACAUGCGAGCGCUGUGGUGUAAAGUUUCGCCUUAAGAAAGAAUUGUUAACUCAUUAUGACAGUUGCCGUUAAUCUUCAACAAGGGAUUAAA